AUGGAAAAAACAAUGAAAAAUACAACUUUUAAUCCUUAUAUUCAUAAAAUUAAUAGAGGAAUAGCAUCAGGACAAAUAACACUUUCUAAUAUUACAAUUUCAAAUUUUCUUCCACCAGGAAUAACCUAUCGUCCUCAUGAUUCAGGUUUUCUUGAAAUGAUAAGUACAAAUGGAAAAGGUGACAUUAUAGCUGAUUGGGAUAUUUUUUCUGAAUACUUAACUUAUCUUAAAUUUCCAUUAAAAGGAAAAGUUUAUGGAACUGCUUCAGGACUUAAAAGUGAAGUUGCUAUAAAAAUUAAUAGUGAUAAUAAUUUUAUUAUUCAUCAAUGUUCAGCACAAUUUACUACAUUUGACUUAAAAUUGUCUGGUUCUUUUGCAGCAAAUGUUCUUCAUUUUUUCCGUGAUGUUAUUGCUAAAGCAUUAAAACGUCGUGGUGAAGAAUAUUAUUGUCAAAUGGUAAAAGAAAGUCUUAUUCCAUGGUUAAAGACAGAAAUUUUAAGAUUACCAGAAUUUUUUGAAUUUAAUUAUGAUGGUAAAGUAAGUGUUAGUCAAAGUUUAACACACAUAGAUAUAACAGAUCAUUUCUUGGAUUUAGAAAUGAAUAAUAAAAUAUACUCUAGUACAGGAAGUAUCACUGAAACUAUAUCUCCAUUACCAUUAAAAUCAUAUAAUAAUACUCCAAUACCAACAAGAAUGAUGGAGGUAUUUAUUAGUGAACAAACAAUACAAGAAAUUAUGACAUCAGCACAUAUGGCUGGGCAAUUUAAAAGUAAUUUUACUAGUCCUUUUCUUAGAACAAAUUGUGAUGGUUUAUGUCUAGGAAUAUUACUUCCUGGUUUAAAAAAUGAAGUUGGAAGUACACAAUUACGAAUUUUUGUAAGAUCAACAAUACCUCCAAUAAUUAGAUUACAAAAUCAAAAAGCACUAAUGUUAUUAAAUGUAUCUUUAGAAAUUUAUCGUAAUGAACCAUUUGAUAUUGAAAAUUUUGGAAAUGAUGUUACAGAUAAUGUAAUUAGUGAUAUUACUUCUGUUUUUUCUACCUCUCCAAUUGAUUAUUCAGUUUUAUCAAUAAAUAUACAUUGUGAAGCUGAUUUACAAUUACGUAUUAGUGAAAAAAAACUUCGAGGAGAAGUUGGUAUUCGUGAAUCAAGAGCACAAUUAAAAGAAAACAAGUUUUCAGAAAUGGGACAACAGACAGUUGAUUUAAUAGUAAAUAUGUCAUUACCAUUUUUAGAAGAUGCUAUAUAUGGAUUUUUGGAGAAUGGUCUUGAUAUAAGUGAAAUAAUUAAAAUUCCAAGUUCCAAUGAAGUUAUUCUUAUUCAACAAGGUUUUGUUCAUAUUUUAGCAGAUCUAGAAAUGUAUAAGGGAAUUUAA